CUUUGAACAAUUCGGAUGUGGCAACUGUGGAGAGAGAGAGAGUGAGAGUAGCGCCUCUCGUGCUGGACUCAACCAGUGAAGUUUCCACCGUGGACGAUGGCUGGUGUGAACGGCGUGCGGACGGAGUUGUCAAGGAAGCGGGUGAGAGCGGAGCCAUGCAACAAAGUGACAGUGGUCCUUGGAGCUCAAUGGGGCGACGAGGGUAAAGGCAAGAUGGUGGACAUGCUGGCGGGGUCAUCAGACGUGGUGUGCAGGUGUCAGGGCGGCAAUAAUGCUGGUCACACAGUUGUGAUUGGAGAAGCUGAGUAUGACUUCCAUAUUCUCCCAUCUGGUAUUAUCAACACUUCUGCUGUGUCUGUCAUUGGAAAUGGUGUUGUAGUGCACCUCGGACAAAUGUUUGAGGAGAUAGAGAAGAAUGAAGCUAAAGGGCUAAAAGAUUGGCAGAAACGACUUAUCAUAUCUGAUAGGUCCCAUAUUGUAUUUGAUUUCCACCAAAAUGUAGAUGGCUUGCAAGAGCAGGAACGUUCUAAGGAUUCUUCUGGAACUAAAACUUUGGGCACUACCAAGAAAGGUAUUGGCCCAUGCUACUCCAGUAAGGCUGGGAGACACGGUCUUCGUAUGGCAGAUCUUCUUGGAGACUUCAGUGUAUUUGAGCAAAGAUUGAGAGAUUUAGUUGAUUCACACCAAAGAAUGUUUCCUGAGCUGCAGGUAGAUGUUGAAGAGGAAGUCAGGAAGUACAAAAUUUAUGCUGAGCGAAUGCGUCCAUUGGUAGCCAAUGCACUUGCUUACAUUCACAAGUGUCUUAAGGAAAACAAGAAAGUGCUGGUUGAGGGAGCUAAUGCUGCGAUGCUGGAUAUUGACUUCGGUACUUAUCCAUAUGUCACCUCCAGUAAUUGCAGCGUUGGAGGGGUAUGUACGGGACUAGGCAUUGCUCCUCAGUACAUUGGUGAAGUCUAUGGGGUAGUGAAGGCCUAUACUACCAGAGUGGGUGUUGGACCUUUUCCCACUGAACUAGAUGAUGACACUGGAAAAUUACUGCAGUCUCGUGGUGCCGAGUAUGGAGUGACUACAGGGAGGCCAAGACGAUGUGGCUGGUUAGAUGUAGUGCUACUGGCUCACAGUAAUAUGGUGAAUGGUUAUACUGCUAUUGCUCUUACCAAGUUGGAUAUAUUAGAUGAGCUGAGAGAGAUCAAAAUUGGCAUUGGAUACAUUAGAAGAAAUGGAGAAAGAAUUGAACACUUCCCAGCAAACAUGAGUGAACUGGAGGACAUAACGGUUGAGUACAUCACUAUGCCAGGAUGGUUGCAAGAUACCGCUCAGUGCCGCACCUAUGAGGAGCUCCCAGAAAAUGCACAAAAUUACAUUGAAAAGAUAGAGGAGCUCAUCAAUGUACCAGUUAAAUGGAUUGGUGUUGGAAAAUCACGUGCCUCUAUGAUCACUGUCUUCUAGAAGUUUGACUCCUGCCAUCAAAAGAAAUUGGGGAAAUAGAAGCAACCAUGGAAAAUUAGUGUUACUGAAAAAAAAUAUCAAAUGUUUGCAUAUGCCUUAAACAGAUAGAAUAAUGUUUCGGCUAAGAGUUUCUUGUCCAGAAUUCUGUAUUGUAUAUUAUUAAAAACAAAUCAUAUUCAA